AUGCCAAUCAUCGACCUGGAAUCGACUACCAGCAUCAAGGAGCUGUUGGCAGACAGCAAGGAUGGGACAGUUGAUAUCGAUCCGAACCCAUAUUUCCAGCGUUUCGCCCUUAACACUAGUCUGACCCUGAACUACGGCAUCCGUAUAGAUGGUAGCAUCGACGAUGAGCUGUUGAAGGAGAUUGUGACGGUGGAGCGCGCGGUUAGCAACUUCAGAAGCACCAGCAAUAACUGGCAGGACUAUAUCCCGCUUCUCAGACUAUGGCCUACCAGCAACAGCCAGUCAAUCGAGUUUCGGGAACGUCGAGAUAAGUACAUGAGCAAGCUGCUUGAGAUGCUAAAGGAGCGUAUUGCAAAUGGCACCGAUAAGCCAUGCAUCACGGGAAAUAUAAUCAAGGACCCCGAAGCAAAGCUCAACGAAGCGGAGUGUAAGUCAAUUUGUUUGACCAUGGUGUCUGCUGGUCUUGACACUGUCCCGGGGAACCUGAUCAUGGGGAUAGCAUACCUGGCCUCUGAGCAUGGCCAGGAGAUUCAGGCUCGCGCUUAUGAGGAGAUCAUGAAGGUCUAUCCCGACGGAGACGCCUGGGAGAAAUGUCUAGUUGAGGAGAAGGUCCCGUAUAUCACAGCUCUGGUGAAGGAGGUCCUUCGCUUCUUUAUUGUAAUCCCCAUCUGCCUUCCCCGUGUCAGUAUCAAGGACAUCACCUGGAAGGACUCUGUGAUUCCCGCUGGAACCACCUUUUUUAUGAAUGCGUAUGCUGCCAACUACGACUCCAACCACUUCAAGGAGCCCUUCGAAUUCCGACCAGAGCGCUACCUCGACGUUGCCGACGGGACGGGCACGCCACAUUAUGCCUAUGGUGCAGGAAGUCGUAUGUGCGCGGGCUCGCAUCUCGCGAACCGUGAGCUCUUCACUGCGUUUCUCCGUAUAAUCUCCGCUUUUACGAUCGUUCCGGCAAAGGACAGGGCGGAUGAUCCCGUACUCGAUCCCAUCGACUGCACUGAUAACAAGACCUCGCUGACUCUCGACCCUCGGCCGUUCAAAGUCGGUUUCAGGGUGCGUGAUCGAGCAAAGUUGGAUCAAUGGAUCAGAGAAUCGGACGAGAGAACCAAAGUCUUGUAA